AUGGCUGCGGGUAGUUUGAUGACGGUUCUUUUGUUGGUCGUGCAAUUGUCGUUAUCGAUGUACAUCGAGAAUGUCGCUGCGAAUGUAGAUACUCGAAAAGACAAAAAGCAUGCUAAGUUUGUUCCGCUAGUCGCGUUUGAAUGUGGUUUCCGAAAUAGAUUUAUGGGUGAAAAUGGCGUAUGGGUGAGCGAUCCCAGUGCACUUGCAACAUGUCUUAGUGGAAAGCUCGAUAUCUUGAAGUACUGCCGAAAAGCUUACCCUAAACUGGAUGCCACGAAUAUAGUAGAAUAUUCUCAUGAAGUGGAAAUUCCUGGUUGGUGCCGUGAAGAAGGUUCACCAUGUAAAUGGACUCACACUGUCAGACCUUACCAGUGCAUAAUUGGAGAGUUCCACUCAGAAGCACUUCAAGUACCUCAUGGAUGUCGAUUUGGUCAUAUCAAUGAUCGUCAGUUAUGCAACGAUUAUGGUCACUGGAAAGAUGCGGCGUACAAACAAUGUAAAACAAAGGUUGUUAAUGAAAAACGAAUGGUGAUGCGUUCAUUCGCUGUUCUGGAGCCAUGCGGAUUAGAUCUUUUCACAGGAGUUGAGUUUGUUUGUUGUCCAAGUGACGAGAAAACUGAAGGUGCAGAGAAAAAAGAAAUUGAGGUAACUGACGAAGAUGAAGUUGACGAUUAUGAUGAUGAUGAGAGUGAAUAUGCCGAAGAUUCUGAUGAUGACGACGAAAGGAAUCUUUUUUCUAAAAAUGUCUCCCAAGAUCCUUAUUUUAAAAUAUCUGAUCCAGUCAAUGAACAUGAACGUUUCAAGGAAGCUCAGCAACGCCUGGAAAAAAGACAUCGCGCUAAAAUCAAUAAGGUAAUGCGUGAAUGGUCUGAUCUUGAAGCACGUUACAAGAAAAUGAAAAAAGCAGACGAAAAAGGUGCUGAAACAUUCAAGAAAGAAAUGUCUUCACGAUUCCAGAAAACGGUUGCUUCACUGGAAGAAGAAAAUAAGGAGCAGAAAAAGCAAUUGGAGGAUGUUCAUGAAGAGCGGGUACAAGCACAUCUCAAUGAGAAAAAAAGAGAAGCAACUCAUGAUUAUCGCGCUGCGUUAGCAGUCCAAGUUGGCACACCGAAUAAGCACAGUGUACUUAAAACAUUAGAGACAUAUAUCCGCGCAGAAGAAAAAGAUCGCACUCAUAUGAUCAAUCGUUUCCGACAUCUGCUUCGUACGGAUCGCGACGAAGCAGAAACGUAUGAGCCAAUACUUAUUCAUCAGCUACGUUACAUUGAUCUUCGUAUAAAUGGGACACUUGCGAUGCUUCGAGACUUCCCUGAACUGGAACGACAAGUCCGACCAAUUGCUAUUGAGUUCUGGUCAAAUUAUCGUAGAGAAAACACACCAGAAGUUACAGAUGAUGAGUAUACAAUGAUUGGUGGCGAUGAACAAAAUGUUAAGCUCGAGUCAUACGACCAGUUGCAUAACCCUUCAGGGGUAAAGAAAACAACAGUGUCAACAACCACCAUUUCUGAAUCGAUGAAAAUACUCACUGAUUCGGAUGAAGAUGAUGAGGAAAAUGAAAAUGAUGAUGAUGAUGCAAAUGCUGAAAUCAAAAAGCAAUCGAAAGAAGAUAUGAGAAAAGUUGCGAUAGAAAAAAUUGUGCAAAGGAAAUCAAAUAUCAAAUUCGAUAAGAACAAACCCACGGUUGAUGACAGUGAAGAUGAUGAUGAUGAUGAAGAUAAUGAGGAUGAUACUGACGAAGAAUCUUUGUCAAACGGAAAAUCAAUUGAACGCGAACUCCAUGUAGAAAUAGAGCCAAUUGUUAGCGAACCUGUCAGGGUGCAUGAUUUGCCUCCUAGACCAUCUUAUGCCAAACAUGAUCCGCUGCGUCAUUCCAAG